AGCGAUGGCGAGGAAAGGUUCUUCCCCAAGCCUGUCCUGGAAGACAGAAGCGUUGAAUUUGCUAAGAAAUGCGGUGAAUUCAUCAGUGACAUAAGCUAUAAAGAGCAAUAUGAAAAAUCCAAGGGCAAGAGCGAGUUUGUCCCUGACACAGCAAAACUGAAAGCUGUCACAGACUUCAUCUCAGAGGCGAAAUACAAAGAAGCUGGGAAGAAAGGAUUGUCCAACCCCCUGUACAAGCAGAUGCCAGCAACAUUAGACAUUGCCUUCGCAAAACAAGUGUCCCAGCUCCAGAGCGAGGUUUUAUACAAACAGAAAUAUGAUGCAGAGAAGGGGAAAUCAAAUUAUGCGCAAAUGCUUGAG